AUGCGUCUGCCGGGUUGGUAUCAAACCACCUCCUAUGCAGACGCAGACCCACGCGAUCUCCAGCGGCGUACCUCUUCUACAGGCCAUGUAGUUGACCAAGCCACCUCCUAUGCCGGCGCUGACCCACGCGAUUCUGAGCAAGUGAUCUCUUCUGCUGCUUGUGUCGCUGAUCUAGGUGAGGAUAAGUCCCCAGCUCAGUUUCCUUUUGCUCAGUCGUCAGGCAUUUUUUCAGCCGCAUUCGCGUUGGAACGUGACCCUACUGUUGAUCUCGACCUGGCAGGGGUCGACUGGGAAGGUUAUCUAUCUCAUCGAUUCCGAAGAGGUCGAAUCCGUGGCGAACCACAGCGGCAUAUCUGA